AUGAAUAAACGUAAUUCCAUGAGAAUGAGCAUGGUUCUAGGAAAACAAAUACUUCAACCUAAUGUCAUCGAGAAGAUCUUAAAGUUCCUGGAUAAUGAUAAAGAUCAUGUGUCAUUAUAUUCUUGGACAUUAGUGAGUCAUUCGUGGUGUCAGUUCGCCAACUCCUUGCUCUGGAGUCGCCCAUUCGCAUGUCUGAACCCAAUCGAAAAUCAAGGCAGAGGUCAUCUCCUCAUACAGACAUAUCUAUCGUGCCUUGAUGAUAAAGAAAGGCAAAUACUAAUAGAGGAAGGACUUGAUCUUCCUUCGAAAUCAGCAUUAUUUGAUUAUCCAGUUUUUUUAAAAGAACUUCAUAUCGGAAUGCUGCAAGGCGCCCUUGCUCAGUGGUGGGCAAAGAAUACUACCUAUAGAAUUAAGAAAAAGGCAAAUUUUCAGACAUUAGAAACCACAGUGUCCGAAUUAUUAUUCAAUCGGUGUAAUGGGCUAAGGUCACUGGAUUGCGAAUUACAAAGUCGUUAUAAUAUCGCUAACUAUGCUUCCUUCACGGGAAUUCGUAAGGCCGUUUGUCAACUUAAUGAACUAAAGAUAAACUGCGGAAGUCUUGAUCAUUCUGGUUAUUUAUCAAGUCUACUGACAGUAAUAAUCGAAAGUUCGCAACACAUUCGUCACAUUGUUGUCACGCCAUAUCACGACGGUCCGAUUUCUAAUCAAAUACCAAGGUUAAUAGAAUCGCAAAUAAAUCUGGAACAAUUCAGCAUGGUAUCUUCAUUGGCAGGUUUGUUCGAUCCUCAUCGAUCUGCAUCAAUAUUUUCUUCCCUCACCAGUCAAACGCAUUCCCUCGUGCACGCGGAUCUACGGAAGGUCUAUAUUGAUGCGAAUUCCUUGCAAAUAUUGGCAAGAUGCAAUAAAUUAAGGUCAUUACAUUUUGUCUGUUGUCAACAAGAACAAGACAUUACUUUAUCGGAUUCAUUGGUUAAAUCAUGUCAACUACCGAUCACGAAACUAGUUAUAAAUAAUGAAGAAACUCAGGAAAAACAUUCGUUGUCAAAUAUCACAGUCACCUCAAUAGUAAUGAUGGCAGCCGAAACGUUGGUAGAGUUGGUAAUGGACUCUGCUUCACCGGAACUUGUAGAAAUAAUUAGUACCAAAAUACCACAUUUAAAUUCCUUGGCGAUCCGUACGACCCCUCCCUUAUUAUUCCAAUUUUUAUCUUCCUCCACCAUCGAGCACCUGGCACUCAGUGAUGUGAACUCAAAUUUAUUUAGCAUCACGGUUUUACAACAAAUUGGUCGAUUACUACCAACUACGCUUACUCAUUUACAACUUGAAUGCAGAUAUAACGUCGCCCCAGAAUCAAUGACCGGUUUAUUAGAUGAGUGCCGAGCUCCACUUAAAAUCUUAAGUUUAGAUGUUGAGAAAUUUGACGACACUUUAUUAGAGAGGAUUGCAGAUUACGCUCGAGAGACUGGUAAACGUCUGAAGGAAUUGAGAAUCGGAAGAGAUACGAGAAUUCAAUAUGAUGAAGAAUUAUGUAAAAAGUUGACAACGGUCAUACCUUCGAUCAAUCAAAAUUAUAAAGAUCCGUGGCCAAUUCUCAUCGAGAGGAGAGAUCCAUUAUGGAAAAACCUGUUGCAAGUUCAACUUGACUAA